UUGCGCCUCUGCGCUCGAUCCCCUUCGCCUCGUGCCACGCCACCGCCGGCAAGCUUCGCCGAAGAUGACAGCCGACGCCCCUUCUUCAUCUUCCCACGAUCUCUCCCAUUUCUCUCUCUCAUCUCCCUGCCUAUCUUUUUUUUUCUGUCAGCAGGGAGCCCGCCAUGGACGCCAGGGACGCCGUGUCCCCAAGCAGCAACAGCAGUUUCGAGCCCUGCUGCAUCCCCUCGACCGAAACUUGCCGACGACCCGCAGGAGCCACGCUAGGGAACUCAAAGUCCGUGGCCGCCGGUUUGCCUCCACCCCCGCCGGAGCUGCCUCUUCUCGCGCGCCGGUCAAGGAUCCGGCCGUCCCGGCCUUCCCCGCCAUCCCUCGCCGACGCUAAGCCAUGGCGGACCCCCAAGACCCGUUGCUCUGCCUCGCGUCUCACCCGGACGUCCCCGCGUCGUCUACGCAGCCACCUGCAUCAAGCCCCUCCACCCCGGAUCCAGCCGGCCUCCUCUCCAGCUUCGUGCCAAGUCCCACCUCGCUGGAGUCUUCUCCUCGCCGCUGCGUCCGUCAAGUCCGCUGCUGCCGCUGUUUCUCUGUCGAACGAGCAAGCUCGAACCCCAGCGCCAAGUCCAGCCUGCUCGAUCCCCUGCUUCAGGACCGAGUCGUCGAACGAUGCCGCCGCGCGUUGACCGUCCAGCUUGCCGAGGCCCAGCGCCAGAUCGCUACAUGGCCCAGAUCUGCCAGCUCCCUGUUGGCCCAAUGUGAGCAGCCCAGAUCCACC